ACUAGCAACAAUAUCAACCGGUCAAGAAUCCAAAGUACGAAGAUCGAAGAUAGCACUCGGAGGACUUGUUUACUUUUUCAAGUUGAUGAUUCUCACAACUUAAAAAAGUGGAGGACUUAUUGAUGGGAAAUAAUACGUGGCUCGGCCCACAUUUCCCAAUUAUUUUACGAAGAAUAGUCAAACCGGGCCAGUUUAAUAAAAUAGAUGAAUAAGAGAAUAUUCCUCCAAAGAUGCUCCCCUCCCUCCUAUAAAAGGAGGGGUGCGCCUAAUAAUUUACUCUCAAAAAAUGGUUUUUAACUUUUUUUUACUUUUGUUUCAACCAAGGAGAGUAAUGGAGACUGGUGUUCUUCUGAGAAGUAUUCUCUUUCAUCUCUCUUUCUCUGCUCUUCCUCUCCAUUUCUCCCGUUCGUUUUCUCUUUCUUUGCCCGUCGGCAUCCACCCCCUAGAUGAGGAGCACUAUGCCAGGGAGUUGAUCAAAUGUAAAGACGGGUCAAAAUCUUUCACCAGAGACCGCCUGAACGACGAUUUCUGUGACUGCCUCGACGGCACAGAUGAGCCCGGAACUGCGGCCUGCCCACAGGGCAAGUUCUAUUGCAGGAAUAUGGGCAGCACACCCAAAUUUCUGUUUUCAUCUCAAGUAAACGAUCGAAUCUGUGAUUGCUGUGACGGAAGCGAUGAAAAUGAUGGCACCAUUAGCUGCCCUAAUAGUUGUGUUAUGGGUGGGAAUUUGGCCUAUCAGAUGAGAAGUCAUAGCUCACAAGAUGAUUCAGUUUCAUUUGGCAGAAAAGCAACUAGAGCUGGCAUUAAUGCAGAGGACUCAAUACAGAAAGUUAAAGGUUUGAAGAUGUUAGUAGUCCUACAGGUACUUAUUAUUGUUAUUGUUGUGGGCAUCCCACUUUUCUGCCGACGCUCCAGAUUGAGAAGAAGGCAUUCUCGUUGAUGGCGUUGGAAGUCCCGGAUCUUGAAGAUGACAUUCUCGCUUAUGGUCGAUUAUUGGAUUGGUUUGUUUGGCAUUAUAGUCAUCCAUGGCUCUAGUUUUAUGAAAUGAUUCAAUUUUUGAAUAGAACUUCCAUAUAUCAAGAUUGGUUUUCUAUUCUACUUAAAAUCAACAGUUUAAAGGUUGUGAACUCUCAGUUGGAUGAGUUGAUGAACUUGUUAAUAUAAUUCUAUUGUAUUU